AUGAAAGGGACAGCGAUCGGUGAAGGGAAAGGCGUCGAUCUGGGUUCGACGAAGGGGACGACGAUCGGCAAAGGGAAAGGCUGGGGACGACUAACUGCUGACGGCAAAAGGAAAGGCGUCGAAGGUGGAUGCGACACCGAUGACGACAGAGAAGGCUCCAAUUCCAGUUCCCCCAGUCUCACCACCAAGCUCCGGUUAACCAGCAAACUCUCUCUACCACCACCGGCGCCGUCUCCGCCGUCAUUCCCGCCUGAAGAAAGGGGAAAUAGGAUUUCGGGGAAUUCAGUUACGAAUGAACCCCCGGGAGUUGAAUUCUGGAAGCAGGGGAAAAUCUUUGUGGGGAAUCUUCCGUUAUGGAUUAAGAAGCAUGAACUGGCCGAGUUCUUUCGCCAGUUCGGGCCAAUAAAAAAUGUUAUACUGAUAAAGGGCCACAACGAGACUGAGAGGAACAUGGGGUUUGGGUUUGUGAUAUACGAUGGCGCUACUGCGGAGAAGGCGGCAAUGAAGGCGGUGGAGUUUGAUGGGGUGGAGUUUGAUGGGAGGGUGUUGACGGUGAAGUUGGAUGAUGGGAGGAGGAUGAAGGAGAGGUUCGAGAGGCAGAGGUGGGUGGAGGGGGCAGACUGGCAGAGGAAGUAG